AUGGUGCCGCAUCCUGGUUCGCUCUUCUUGAUUUGGAAUGCGGUGCUGGCAUGGGAGUCACAUGACGGCUGUCCAGCGAGUCAGGAGACGUCCGCAUUAAUGCAGCUGCAACAAAGUGAAGAGGCAGGAGCCUGGACGAAGCUCGUGGGUACGCCGUAUUUGGAUGAUGUACGGGGCCUGGCAUAUAGUCAGGGCGCUCUGUAUUUGGCCUCACGGUCUGAAGGAGACUUGUUCAAGAUCCGCAACAUCGGAAGCUCGGACUCUUUCUUCGCGAAGUUGACUUCCGGCCACGGGAAGGUGCGAUGGACAGCGCGGGAACCCCGAACCGAUGCUUUCGAUCUCCCUCUAGACAUUGCUGUUUCCGCGAGUGGUGGUUCAGCGACGAGCGUUUACGCCGUGGGUAUCACGAACACCCGCACUACGUACUUCAACGGGACGGGUACGGUGUUGCCGGAAAAGGGCUUGCUUCCGGCUUUGAACACUAGCGAUGGAUACGUCGUGAAGCUGGAUGACAAGGGCAGGACGCUGUGGCAGCGCACUUUGAUCACCGGGGACACAGAUGCAAUGACGGCAGUCGCCUCCUCCGGCGAGCAUGUCUUCGUUGGUGGCGCCACACGAAGUGACUUGGUGGCUGGCGAGCAGAAAGGCGGAGCAGAUUGCGUCCUUGGCAAGCUGGACCCCAAAACAGGCGAGUUCCUAUGGGUGCAGCAAUUCGGCACAAGUGGGGAAGAGGCCAUCUGGGAUUUGGCAGCUUGCACCGAUGGGAGCGCGGUGGCUGUCGGCCAAUCCAGCGGCAAUCUAUCUGGCCAGGUCUUUGGUAGCGACGACGCCUUCGUUGCAAAGUUCAACAAGCUUGGCAACAUGAUUUGGAUGAAGUCAUUUGGCAGUGAAAAGAGCGACGUUGCUUACCGUGUGGCAGCUGAUGAAGAUUGCGAAACCAUUUAUGUCGGAGGGCAAUCCGAUGGACAGCUAAAGCCCAACCAGUCUUCGCCGGAUAUUGUGGGCUUUGUUGCCAAAUUCGAUCAGCACGGCGAGAAGCAGUGGCUUGAGCUUCUUGAAGGUGAUAACGUGGUCUAUGUCGGAGCUGUCAGCACUGAUGACAUGAACAAUGCCUAUGUGGGGGGCCACACGUAUGGCAAUUUGACCAACCUGCUGAACAGCGGAGGUUCUGAUGGCUUCAUCAUCAAGUUCACAGCUGAUGGCAGUCGAGAUUGGGCCAAGCCAGUCGCAACUGACAAAGACGAUGAGGUCUUAGCUGUCGUGGUGGCGAAGGGUCAGGUCUUCGCCGCUGGAUACACAGAGGGGAAUCUGCAUGGCCUGAUCAACCAAGGGGGCCCUGCAGCUUUCCCAGGCGACGGCUUUGUAUUGAAACUUGCGACACGGCAGCGUAAGAAAGGCUACUACGGCUACUACAGAUCUCGCACCUCGACAUUGACAGAGGAGGCCGCGGAGGAGAAGGAGGAAGAGGAGGAGAUUCCAACAUCCUACUUACAGCCAGAGGAGGAGAAGGAGGAGGCGGAGAUUCCGGUGUCCUAUUUGGAGGAAACAAGCAAUCGAUCAGAGUCUUUUCUCACUCAUGUCAAAUACUGCGUGAAUGGCGUCCGAAGCGGCAGUGUUUGUUGUGCGAAACUCUGCGGGAGCUGUGGUGGAUCUGGUUGCAGUCGGCGCAAUCGGGGUGAUGUCAAGUGCUGCGGCAGUUCCAACACCAGAACAUGCGAAGACAUAUAUGAUGUAGGCUGCACGAUUCCUUCUGGUGGUUGGUGCCAAGGAGGGGGAAUCAAAAACGGCCAAACAUGCUGUUCAAGCAGCUGUGGAAGCUGUGGGGGGACUGGUUGCAGUGGGCGUCCUGGUGGGCGUACCGAGUGCUGCCUGGGUGAGACUGUUCGACCCUGUGAUGGCUACACGGAUCAGGGCUGCCGGAUUCCGGACGAUUGGUGCAAGAACGGUCUCCGCAAAAACAAGGACUGCUGCGCCUCCUCCUGUGGGAGUUGUACGGGAUCGGGUUGCAGCAGCAGGCCCGGAGGGAGCAGCAAAUGUUGCAGUAGCGGCAUCAGCGCAACCUGCAGCUCAACUUCCAGCACUGCCUGCAAGAUCAGCAACGAAUAUGGCAGCAGGUGCUCCUUGUGUUCUACCAAUGCUUCUUCGUGGAGGAUUGUGCGUGCAGCAGCGGCGGCUGCACAUAAGGUAUACAGGGACAACUGGCAGAAGAGCUCCGUCACCGGCCCAGAAAGCUAUGGCUUUAGUUUAAAAAGGAGAGAAAUGUUCAACAGCCAGCGGGAUGGAGUUGCACUAUAUCAGUCAAGUACAUCAGAGUGCAUCCUUGCGUUCUCGGGCACUGAUGAUCUCUCGGAUUGGGUCACCACAAACCUCCAGUUAGGAUCCGCCAACCGAUGUGGGAAGCAAGUGCACGCGGGUUUCGGCAGCGAGCUGGCAAGCAUCACGGAGGAUUCUGAUUUCAACGACUUCCAGGAAGAUCUUCAAAAGUGCUGCUGUGUGUUUGUAACCGGGCACAGUUUGGGAGGAGCAUUGGCUGCUAUCUUCACCUACUGUGCCAACGCCGAUGAGAAGAUCGGCGGCCGAUGGCUUCGAAUGAGAGCUCAUGGCCUGAUCACUUUCGGUGCUCCCAAGGCAUCCAAAGACAUUCUGACGAAUCCAGGCGGUGCCUGCAUUCCCGGAUUUCGGUUUGCAAACUUCGGGCGGUCAGGAUUCAAUGUUCUGAUUGCCGACUCUGUCCCAGCAUUGGCGUUCGGCGACAAGCACCCGAAGAUGACUGCAGUCAAGAUCGAUCGCGAUUGGGGGGGCCUGACUGAUGACAUCCAACCAGCUGCUCGAAUGGAAAGCUCAACUUGCACGUCUGGCGUCAGUUGGCCUUUCGCUUCGAACACCGUUAAGUUGCACGAAAUGAAGCACUACCAUGAAAUGUCGGCCAUGGCCCUGUGUGCUGUCCAUGGAUCCAACAAAAUCCCCAAACGAUCCACCCGAUGGAAAUGGGAAACGGCUACAGAACAUCAGAUUCUACUUUUGUCUUCUGAGUACCUUUGUAUUGGGCUGCGUGAGCUUCCUCUGGCUUCCAAAGUGGGACUUCAGAAUCUUUAUGGGCUGUCAUGGCUGGGUGCAUCGUCGUGGUGCAUCUGGCAAGAAGCGUGGCUCUGGGUGCCGGAGGACUACAGACCAGCCUUCAUUGCUCAGACAUUUACAAUCGACCCUGCUUUUGCACUCAGUGUGGUGGAAGGGGCCUACGCAGCCCGCAUUAGCCGGUUUGAGGAUCUGGAAGCAAUGGCGGGAGACUAUCCAGCCCAGGUCCGCAACUCAAGCCGACAGGUACUGCCAAUGCUGCCAGCGAUCAUGUCCUGCAAUGACAAUAGACAGUGGAGGUGGGGCUCCUGCCUGCUCGCCUUGCAGCUGGACCAUGGAAGGCGGCAGCCAAUCAUGGAUCCACCACGGGAUCACCAAGAUGCUCAGGCUCAGAAUGAGAACACCCAGCAGGCGGCCGCUGUCACCGGACAGCCUCCACCCUUGACGGUGUUUUCGCGGAACUGGCAGAACAGGCAGCCCAGACUGGUCCGACGUCCUCCUGCCCCGCCUGCACCUCGCCGUAUCCCGAAUCCUGUCACCCCUCCGCAGUCUGCGAUGGUGGGUCCAGAGUCGGAGCAGGCCGCUCCAGAGUCCCAAGCAGCAGAAACUGACGACGACAUGGAAGAGAUAGUGGUCGAGGACAUCCCUCAGCCAAGGACACCAUCUCCAGCCGACGAUGCCCUCCAGACUGCCGAGCCGAUGGAAGUGGCCACUUCAGUAGCAUCACGAGUCUAUCUGGAGCCAACAGCCAAGGCUAUAGGAGUCGUGGUCACCUCCAAGACGGAAGACACAGGGCCCAACAUUCCGAACAUGGCUCAGCCAGUCACCCCGCCAAGGGAGGAGACCCUACCUCGGAAGUUCGCGAAGGGCUCGAUCGGCAGACAGCAAAGGCAGAAGCAGGCAGCCGCUGGGUCUAAGGCCCGCAUGACCCGGUUGCGCUUGUCCCCAACCCAGGUUAGGGCAAUGGUGGCUAGGUCGACGGCAGUUAAGAGCAAAUGCCAACCAAAAAGGGCAAUGGAAGCUCCGGAUCAUCCGCCAGAGGACGAGCACGUUCCAUCGUCAGGUGAUGAGCAUCAUACGAGGGGAACCGAUGCCAGUCAGUCAACAAUUGAGCUUGUCCUUCCCUCUCCCCAGCAGCGGGGCACUGGUAUCGAAUUCCAUGCGGUUGGUACCCUCAGGCCGCCACCAGCGAGAGUCGCAGCGACUUCGGCUUCAUCCUCGGGCCAAGAGGGUCACUGGCUGCUGGAUAGAGGCAAUGGAGACACUGCCCCGAUCCUCCACAUGCCAGAAUGGGUUUUAACGGCUUUGCGAAGCCCUCCGACUGAGCCAGCUCCUCCGCCACCGGAGGUUCCAGUCAAGAGGCGCAAAAAGCGCUUGGGUAAAGAGCGGCAACCGCCCCGAUUGAAGGUGAUCUCCUGGAACGCUGGAGGCCUCACCACAGUCAAGCUCAAAGAAGUGGAAGCAUGGCUUGACUUAAGCCACUCCCGAGGACAGACAAUUCACAUAUGCCUUCUCUUAGAGACACAUUGGGCGUUCGACUCUGAGUGGGCGACGGCCUCCUAUCAUGUCGUACAUACCGGCCAGAACAGCAGACAGGCAGGAAUUUUAGCCUUGAUUCACAGGAGUGUCGUUUCAGCCUCCCAAAUCAGGAUGAACACCCCCAUAGAGGGCCGCCUUCUGCAGAUCAAGCUGGAUACGGAGCCUAGUGUGCAUAUUUUAGCCAUCUAUCAGCAUGUCUGGAACGAGGGACGACAACUGGAAGAGACCAUGGCAAAUCGAGAGAAACUCUGGACACAACUUGCACAACUGGUGCGAGCUGUCCCAUGGCGUUCGCAACUACUCCUACUGGGCGAUUUCAAUGCCCCAUGCCUCCCUCAUCACCCACAUGUGGGAAACAGUGUCAUGGCCACCCCCGAAACUGUGCGUCAAAAAGACCAACAUCGGCUCCAGCACAUCAUUACCCAUCAUGGCUUGACGGCAUUAAAUACCUGGGGUCGUAAGAAACACUGUCAUACUUACCAGUUUGAUUGCAAAGCUGGAACUCAGAAGACGCAGAUCGACUUCAUAUUCCUUCGCACCCAUCAGGCGGACUCACUAGCCAAGUCCUCGCACACUAUUAUGGCACCUUUUGUCCCCACUACAGGAAUGCGACACUAUCCAGUUUUUGCCUCGCUGCCCCGACCUACUCCACCAAAAACCCCUCGCCCAUCCCAAUCGCCACAAAUCAACGCAGCCACAACCACCAAACAGCUACUCGCCGACCCUCAACUAGCCACUCGUUUUCAGUCAGCUGCCCGCAGACUAGCUGCAAAGCUCCCGAGCGGUCAGGAUCCGGCCGAGACCAUCAACAAUCUACUUCAGAAGGCCUGGCAGGAGGUUUCUCCAGCACCUCCGCCUGGCCUCUCCUCCCCGGAAGAACCUCCAGGACUACUCCGCAAACUGUGGGCUUUACGCAAGGCCCGCCGCCAUGCUUCAGCCACAGCCUCAGUCCUACAAAGUUGGCUCAUGACGGCCCGCAUACAGAGACUGCAAAGACACCUCAAAAAGCACUACCUGCAGCACAAGAGAGAAAGGGUAGAAACGCUUCUUAAGGAAGCCGAAGCCACCAACAGACCCUCUGCCAUCUUCAGCGUAGUUCGUAGGCUGGCGCCCAAAACCCGGCACAUGAGAAUACAACUCCGUGGCCCGACAGGGCAACUGCUGGUUGGCGUAGCAGAAUCCACCUGCAUAGCCCAAUAUCUGAGGCAGGUUUACCACAGCCAGGACAUCACUUGCCCUCCCCCUGUAAAUCCGAUCACAGGUAUACAAUUCGAUCUGGAAGAUGUCCAGAAAGCGCUUGGGAAACUGAGCGCUGGCAAAGCUUUGCCCUCCGCCUUUGCCCCAGCCCGACUCUGGAAGCUGGUCCCAGACAUUGUCGGUCCUGCCCUAUUGCCAUGCAUGAACCUGCAAGCAUCACAGCUCCUGGAAGCUUGGCAUAAGGUCCAACUCCACCUUAUUCCCAAGAUAGCCAUUGUCAAGGAACCGAAGUCGCUACGACCCAUAGCCCUACUUCACCCGGCAAACAAGUUGUUGGCAACAAUGAUAGCAGACAAGAUCCUUCCUAAAGCAAUGGCCUACCUUGCAUCGGUCCCUCAGUGGGCCUACCUCCCCGGCCGAUCAACCGCCCAAGCGCUGGAAUCGGUAUGCUCCCACCUACACUCCGUCCGUGAUAUGCUCAGCAAACACAGCUGCUCACUCCUGCAGCGCUUUCAAGGUCACCAACCACCGAAGCUGCUCGGAGGCCUAUCUCUCAGUUUGGACAUCCGGAAGGCAUUUGACAGCCUGUCUCAUUCUUACCUCGAAGAAGCCAUGAGAGAAGCGCAAUUUGAGGAAGCUGAAAUCGCCCUCAUCCUCCACUUGCACUCCCAAGCCUGCAUGCAAAUCGGUUCCCAUACCCACAAGGCGCAGGUUUUCCUUGGCACAGGAAUUCGGCAGGGAUGCUCCCUUUCUCCCAUCCUCUGGGCCCUAGCCACAGGACGCAUCUACAGGGAAUACUGCCGAAAGCUGCGAAUCCAGGGUCUCUCGGAAGGACUCACCAACAUUUUUGCAGAUGACUUCUUCAGUAGCUGGAUGUUUAAAAGCCAGGAAGCUCUCAGCCACGCGCUACAAGCAAUGGGAGUACUGAUACACACGCUAGAGGAAGCAGGCCUCCAACUUAGUCCUGAAAAGACGGUCAUUCUGUUAGCGGCAAAAGGUACCAGUUUAGGCUCGGUGCUAAGCAAGUAUAAGAGGGUCAUUCAAUCAGUGCCGCAUCUGGAGAUCAGAGUAGGACAGCAACGCUACCACUUCCGAAUUGUCCAGUCCCACAAAUACUUGGGGGCAAAACUUUCCUACCACGGCUUCGAAAAACUCAAUCUCCAACAUCGCCUCCACACUGCCUGGGGUUCUUACUGGAGGCUACAUCAUCUGCUCAUCAGCCGAUCCCUCAGUCUUCGUCUCCGAGUCAGGCUCUGGCAAGCAUGUGUCCUGAGUGUCCUAAGAUACUCCCUUCAUAGCGUAGGCCUUCCCCCACAUGGACACCAGAUCAUCCGGCAAGCUAUCCAUAGACAACUGCGCAUGAUAGCCAGAUCACCAGCUCACCUCUGGCAUGUCACCUCGCCUGAAAUUCUGCACCGCCUUGACUUGCCUGAUCCUUGGACAUCCCUCUGCCAACAGUUCACGCUUAGUCGAUGGCCUGAAUCACUGGUGAUAACAGCGGCUCAUCAGGAAUGGCGACGAACCCUGAGUGGCAUCUUCUCUGAGACGCCUAUGGUGCUGCUCCCUACUGAUCCUCAGCCCACCCCGCUGCUUCAGUCAACCAAACCUCCUGACCAACAUGCCCUGGAUAAGACCUCCUCCUACACGGAUCGUAGUGCACAUGCACCACGGACCCUCACAUGUCCAGUAUGCAGGCAGGAGUUCUCGUCACUAGCGGCACUCAGAGUGCAUCAUAAGGCCAAGCAUGAACUCCUUGAAGCCCCCACUGAGCACCAACCCGAGCGCACCGAACUGGGCCAUUCUAUCCCUGUCACUCGUAACAAGGAAACCAAGCGCUCCUUUAAGGCCCGUAUUGCCAAACAGCGCCAGGAAAGGGCACAGCAUAAAGCCAUUAGCCGAAGGAAUGUAGGGUAUCAUGCUGCCGACGACCUUCUUAUGAAGGGACUGCCUGCCUGUCUCCAUGGAGCGGAUCCGCAGACAAGAUUUUCAUGGCUCCAUGCCCACCUAGGCCUGUGCAUAUGCCGCCAUUGUCAGAGGGCAUGUCGAAAUUGGGAGGAACUGAAAAUUCACAUCCUUACCAGAUCAUGUGAAAUUCUCUUCCCUGACUCGGUAACUCUUCUCCCUAGUCAGACCCCUCCCAAUCCACUCCCACCCUACUGGCGCUUGGAGAUUCAAGAACUGGCUGGCAAGGGAUGGGAAAAGGUAGCAUUGACCUUGCAGGCGCAAAAGGCAGACUGUUUCCGGUAUUGCCCAAUAUGCGGGCAGUGGCUUAUACAAGCACGUGGCAUCACACUCCAUAUGCAAGCUCAUCAUGCAUGGGCAGUGCCCUACUUGCAGCUGGCCCGACGCCGUGCAAAGGCUAACAGGAAAAACCUGGCCCUUAGCAGUGUGAAGAGUCUCGCUCUGAUCAUGGACUUGGACGGCGUCAGUCAGGAGGAGCUUCAGGAAGCGGCAGCCCAGCUCGAGCAUCUGCAGACCAUGGCCCUUCGAGGCUCCCGAUUCGGCUCGACAGUGACUCAGCAAUGGGAGUCAGCAAACCCCUCACGGCCUCUUUUCAGCCCUCCGAGCACGGAGGUUCCCACAAAGCACCAGGCCAGUCUGACACACACCAGCCCUCUGCAGAACAUCGAGCCCUUUCAGGAAGCCUCACCUCCCCACAAGGCCAAGGACAGGGAGGAAAGGGACAGCGGACCCCGGCCAAAGGACAGCAGCAAGCACCUCCAAAACACCAGCGACGGCAGUACCCACGAGGAGCAUCCGGCCUCCAGCUCUACGGGUUCAGACCCGCUACUCCUCAAGGUGGCACAGUUGCUGAUGAGGCACACCGAUGUGAUCAACGGAUUGGAACAAUCCACCAAAUGGAUCAUGUUCCAGGGCACGGCCCCUCCCCUCACGGUAGUGGACCAGCAGGUGCGAAUUGCAGAGGAGUGGCAUCGCCUUCAGGAGACCAACCCCUCCCAGAUCAGUCAACCGCUGAGAGUGGUUCUAUGGCAGACCUGGGCCUCCGAGAUGAUCGAACGAAUCAACCAGCUUUCCUCCGACCAGGCGCACCGCCAGGAAGCGUUGAGGUUGGGCAUACUCACGGAGCCAGACUGCUUCAAGUAUGUCCGCUGGAACCCCCAGAGCCGGGCCCUCGAACCGGAGAAUCAUGUGGCACCACUCACGGCCAAGGAGAUCAUAGACCAGCUCAAAGAAACAAUAGUGCUUUGCAAAGAAGACGGCGUCCUCAUCAAUUACAAUCCAAAUCGCCGAUUGGUUCCGGGAAUGACAGGGGCAGCCAUCACCUUCCAGGUAGUCCUAGGACUCCGCGAUGCAAAAGCCUAUCGCAUGUGGACCAUUCUAGAGAACCUCUCUGGAAACGCGUCGUUGCAACUGACAGCCACAACGCUACGCAGAGAGCGUCGAGGACGCUCACCACUGGCACAGGCCAUUGCACAGGAGCUCCGGAACGACUGCUACGCCAACGCUGUCCUUUUGUCCAGCCUUUGGACAGCGGCCUGUCACAAUCCUACUGAGGUACUCCUGAGCGACAGGAUCCAUGAGGAUAUCCGUAGUGCAAUUGCAGCAGGCUCUGAGGGUGACUCACCCAUCCACAUUUGGAGCCGACCGUUCUGGCGCAGGCUUCUUCGCCACUGGCCGGACACAGGAAGGCAACAAGAUGCUGCAGAGUUUCUGGGGUUUCUCCACCAGGCAAGUCCGCUGCAGUGUUUUCAGGGCUCUUGGGCAACACUAGAGUGCACCCUGCAAAGCAUCAUUAACAGCUGGCAUGCCCAAGAGAAUGCACCAGCCCUUGCAGCAGGUACAUCCUGCCUGGUGCUUCAACUGAACAGGUUCCGUACGGUGCGGGGCGUAGUGACCAAGUCGAAAGUUGCUGUAACCCUCCCUCGUACGGUCACAGUUCCCACUUGGAACGAGGGCCGCCUGACCCAGAAACCGUACUUGCUUAGUGCUGCAGUGAUCCACUUGGGAUCCACGCCUCGCCAAGGGCACUACAGGUCUCUGCUUUUAGACGGCUCAGGCAAAGCGUGGUGGACAGAUGAUAGGCAACCCGCCGUAGUUCCUCAAAAAGAUGAUGCUCUAUUGAUGAUGCGAAACGCCUAUCUUCUGUUCAUGCGCCCAGCCUCGGCUGAAAGGAGUUAG